AAUUAAAUCAAGUAACGUGUUGAGAACAACACCAUAAAUCGUUUUCAAUGGAUGCAGUUUCAGGGUGGUUCGUGACGGUGGUUAUUUGUGGGUUAUUGUGGUGGUGGAAUGUGCUGUGGUAUGUUGUUCCUCUCAGUCUCAGAGGCAAGUUGCCACCAGGAAACAUGGGGCUCCCUUUUGUUGGAGACAUGAUCAGUUUCCUUUGGUACUUCAAAUUUCUUCGACGCCCUGAUGACUUUAUUAAUGCUAAGCGACGCAAAUAUGGCGAUGGAGCAGGCAUGUUUAGAACUCACCUAUUUGGCACACCAUCCAUUAUAGUAUACACACCAGCAGUUAGCAAAUUUAUAUUCCGUUCAGAGGAUAAGUUCAUGCAAGAAUGGCCAACUAUUGAACUCAUGGGUAGAACAUCAAUGGUGGCUGUUCAUGGCAAGGCCCAUGCCCGAGUUCGCAGCUUUGUCAUGAACGCCAUCAACAAGCCGGAGGCUCUCCGCCGCCUUGCCGCUCUUGUCCAACCUCGCAUGAUCAAUGCUCUUGAAUCAUGGGCCAAAAUGGGUAAAAUCAAAGCCCAGUUUGAAACCCAAAAGAUGACAUUUGAGAACAUUUCAAAAUCAUUUAUGAGCAUGGAGCCAGGUCCUUUCUUACUUUCCAUGGAUAAGCUCUACAAAGGCUUGCUUGAAGGAGUGAGAGCCUACCCAAUUGACUUUCCUGGUUUUGCUUACCACCGUUCUAUUCAGUGCAGAAAGAAGCUUGAGGAAAUUUUCUGGACAGAGUUUGAUAAUAGAAAAAAGGAAAGUUAUAAGUUGAAACCAAAUAAUGAUCUGAUGGAUGGGUUAAUGCAAAUUGAAGAUGCUGAAGGUGACAAAUUGAGUGACACAGAGGUGGUAGACAACAUUGUCUCACUAGUGGUUGCUGGAUAUAUGUCUACUUCCCUUGUGUCGAUGUGGGCUAUUUCUCUUCUUGCCAAGUACCCAAAUGUGCUCAAAAAGCUAAGGGAAGAGAACAUGGCUUUGGAAAAGGGGAGUCCUGGGGAUCUUAUAACAGCUAAUGAUGUUUCAAAUUUAAAAUACACAAACAAGGUCGUUGAUGAAGUAAUAAGAGUGGCCAAUGUUGCAGCAUUUGUUUUCAGAAAAUCUGUAGAAGAAGCCGAGUAUAAAGGUUAUAAAAUACCAAAGGGGUGGAAUGUGCUUGUCUUCAUUCGGUACAUUCAUACCAACCCGGAACACUUUCACGAUCCCAUGUAUUUCAAUCCAGAAAGAUGGAAUGAGCCACUAAAGCCUGGAACUAACCAAGUGUUUGGUGGAGGACAAAGACUAUGCCCAGGAAACAUGCUUGCCAAAAUUCAACUUGCACUUCUGCUUCAUCAUUUGUCCCUAGGAUACAAGUGGGAGCUCCUUAAUCCAAACGCGGAUACCAUUUAUCUUUCACAUCCAGCUCCAUCAGAUGGGGUCGAGGUUAACUUCAGCAAAUUAUGAAAGAAAAGUUAAAAUGGAAUGUACUCAUCAAUUUCAUUCAGCCGAUUUCAUAGACAAUGAGUUUGAUUAAGGUUAACUUAAAUCUGAUUGAAAGUUCAAGGACUAUCUUUUUCUCUUUCACGCUUUGUAACUUGGAAAAUUGAAUCUUGUUUUCCAAUACAAAUAAGUGUCGUUCUCUC